AAGGAAAAGGAGUUGCUUGCUGAGAUAAGCCUUUUCACUUCCCACAGAUGUGUUCUGCAUAGAAUGAUCACACUCUUGCAGUUUGGAGUGCAUGGACUUGAUUUUUUGAGUUGCUCCCAGAGACUAAUUCUUUUUGCUUAAGAUACAAGACAAAAAGAGAGAAAAAUGUGGCAUGGAAGAAAACUGCUUCUUGUUGCAAUAGUUUUCACGGCUCUCUACUACACAGUAACUGCAAAGGGUGCAAAACUACUGGACAUGGCCCCAAAUGCUGUAGAUGACAUGUACACAGGAUGCCAUAAAGAGGCUAUGAAGAACUUUAUCCAUUCAGGCCUUUUAGAACGAGAGCUAAACAACAGCAAGGGAUUCCAGAAAGCAUGGAAAGCAAACCCCAAAUGUUCAAAGCCGAUCCCUGGAGGAAUAAAAGAACAUUCUGCUGCACUUUUGGCAUAUGCUAAUGCAGAUGAAGAGUUUACUCAGACUUUGAAUAAUGCAGUGGAGACAAUGGGCGUAAAUGUUAGCACCUAUGAAAACCACUUCCAUUUCAAGUCUCUUCACUUUCUGCUUAUGGAUGCCUUCAGGCUGAUGAAGCCAAAGAACUGCAAGACUGUUUAUUUUGUCACAGAGAAGGAAUACAAAGCAGAAAUAAACUCAAGUGUGAGAUUUGGAAGGUUCAGCACGGGUUAUUUUAACGAUAGUUCAGCAAAGGCCAUGACUGAUUUGGAUGACCUGUUCGUUUUUAAUAUAACAUCUUGCUUCUUUGUCAACCUGGAGAACACCACUUGCAGCAUGCACAAGGAUAUGGCACUCUUAUCUCCAGCUGAGAUGUUCAUUGUGGAGAAGGCACAUAGAGUUAAAGUGGGUGAUACUGAUACUGAAUACAAUGAGAUUGUUUUGCGACAUUCAGGAGUGAACAGCUCGCACAACUGCUACAUUUUUUCACGGUCGCAAGCUGACGCCUCCAGCCAGUGGCUUGUGUCAGUGCUUGUAGCCUUAUCUCUUUAUUUCUUUAAUUGUUGAACAAAAAACAAUUAGCAUCUCAGAGUGCCCUGAGAAUUAUUACAACACAAAAAACACGUUGUUUCUACAGGUAAACAAUGAAUUGUUUGAUGUGAUGUCUGCCAAUUCCGAUGAUGCAAGCUUUUGGCUGCAAAAAUAUAGGCCUACUCAUAUAUUGUGUUUUUAAAUGACUUGCAUCACACUCUGAAAUAUUUUUCUUAUAUACUGUAUAUCAGCAUUAUCAAUAUUUUUGCGAGGCAAGAAUAAUUUUCAAAUAAUUUUUUGAGCAUUACAUGUCUUCAUUAGGGAUGUUAUAGUAGAUGAAAUGAGUGGAGGGAGAGGAGAGUGUGUGCAACAGAGUCGUGGGGUGGACACAAACCCAGUACGCUGCAGUUCAGGGUUGACACCUUAACACUCCAAAAUAAGUUUCAACUGUCAUUAUCAGCUUUUAGGUGUAUGGCUUUAGCUUUAGAGAUAUAUAAAUAAAUAUAAUGGCUGCACUGACAUUGUUUUGCCUCAUUUUUUACACGUGUAUACAGGUACUGUACAUAUACGUAUAUAUACAUAUACGUUCCAGGAGCCGUGGGGAUGGCUGAGUGACAUACUUGCAUGUAUCUCAUAAAGAUGCUCUUUUCAUGUUACACUGAGGUCCAACAAGUCUUCCAAAUUAAAUAGUAAAAUAUGUCAGUGGUCCACGCUGUACAGAACGACACAUA